AUGGGGAAGCAGCUCCCGGAGGGAUCCCAGGAAUUCUGCGGGCAUGACGCUCACACUGCCGAGAAGGGAUUCUACAAAAGAGUCCAGAUUUGGGCCACAUUAACCUUCAUUUUGCUCCUCUCCCUCACCUUGACUAUUCUGAUGGUCUCCUAUUUUUGGAAGCCUGCUCCCCAAAAGAUUUAUGAACUGGAGCAGAUGUUUGUCAGCAACGUGGAGAAACAGAAGAUAUUCCUGACGAUUGAUCCCCUUGCCUGGACGGAGACCUUUCAGACCGGGAAGGGCCGCGAGGAAGUUCUUGAAAUACACGAUUUUAAGAAUGGAAUAACUGGUCUCUUUUUCAUGGGCGAUCCCAAAUGCUUUCUCCAAAAUCAGAUUAAAGGGAUACCAGAAGCAUCGCAGAUGGAGACGGAGGCGCCGGAGGCAGAGGAAAUAGCCGUCACCUAUUUUGAGCAAUCGGUGCUCUGGGUUCCAGGAGAGAAACCAAUCGAAAAUAAAGAUUUCCUGAAGGAAUCCAAGAUGUUUGACCUCUGCAAAAACGUUAGUGCGUAUUGGAUCCAUCCUACCCCACUAAGAGAUCCCAACCUUCUAGACUUUGAAAAUGGAAAUGAGGGCCCGGUUCCCAUGGAUGAGCGAAACCAAGCAGAGGUUCAGCAGGGACGCCAGUCCUUGAGCCAGGAAGGAAGCCAAGGCCCCAAACGCCACGCUCGGCAGCUGACCGAAGAAGACCUACCGGUCAACGACUACACCGAGCACGGCUUCGAGUUCCCUGACCAUUGGGACGAGAGGGGAUACUGCUGCGCCCGCUGCCGUCGAGCCCACCGCUACUGCCGCAGAAUAUGUGAGCCGCUGCUAGGGUACUACCCGUACCCCUACUGCUAUCAGGGCGGGCGAGUGAUCUGUCGUACCAUCAUGCCCUGCAAUUGGUGGAUAGCACGGAUGUUAGGGCGGGUGUGAGCACACUCCGUCCAAAAGUAAUAAUAAUAAAAAUAAGCUUAGUGCAGUGCCAGC